AAAUCUUGUUGGAAACUGGAAACUAGCCGGGCGUCUUCAUUGUCUGAAACCUUCCUGACAAAACGGGAUUUAUUCAUUCUGUAAAAUGAAGCCGCAGGUGGAAAAGACUCUAUCUCAGUCGUGUUUUCAUUCAAAUAUUUAUUAAUUCUGUAAAAAUCGAAGAAUUCUUCUCCCAAGCCUCCUUUUUGUCUUCAAACUGUGUUGCUAUAGCAACAGCAACUGUCUUAUGUUGUCAUGACGUCAUGAGCUAAAGGUAAAUGAGCAAAUAAUGGCUUACCUUCGAAGCUCUUUGGCUUAAAAAUGCAAAGGAUUAUCACGAUUUAAAGUAUAUACAAGAGACUAAGAAAAAAACCAAUGCUUUACGCGGAAAAUAAUUAUGGAUCUUGUGAAGAUGUACUUUGUCAACAUCCCGAAUGUUGGAGGACGAGAGUUGAAAAUGCACGUCAAGCUGUACGACGAAGACAUUGCGUCCAAGCGAAAGAGACGGAUGAAAAAACAUUUGUGGCGAGUAGAGUGUUUAAAGAAAGGCUUGACAAAACUUCAGAAAUUUUGUCAUUACCGAGUCUAAAGAUAAUCAAUAUUAAUACUGAAGAUGUCAACACAUCAUCGAAUUGGGAAACACAAUCGUUGGAUGAACUUAUCACGAAAAACAAAGAAUUUUCUAGCCCUUUGUUAAGACCUUGCACUAGAACCCAUGUUCCUCACACGACCCCAACAUCCUGGAUGGUCAAUGCUGCAAGUACAACUACUGAAGAAAAUCAUCGUUGCAACGAGAAGUUGACAACCAUCAAAUUUCAUGAAAUCUUUGAUUACAAUGAAAUUUGUCAAGAUUGGCAGGAUAUAUUUUUAUCAACGGCCUAUCUUAUUUGGUGUCCUUCGAAAAAGAAAAAGCAUAGAAAAAGGUCAAACAUUAGGUAUGAUCAAAAUUUGAGUUAUAAGUUAAAGUUGCGUUAAAUUUCACUAAUUUAUAUUGGCAUAAAGUUGUCAUUCGAACGUCAAAAAAUUAUUCUAUAACUGACA